AUGAAUUCCGUCCUGUUCCUUCUUUAUCUGAGUGUCCUUUUAAAAACAGAAAGCAAAAGUGUCUCGAAAAAGGUCUUCAAAGUGAAGGUGAUAAAUCGGAGGGGACCUUUUUUUGUAGGAGCCAAAUCAUUUUGUGUGAUAAGAGUGAAAAGGAACAAAAUGGCCUUGCACACCGUUGGUGAUGAGACCAGCCCAGGAGAGCUAAGCGUGGUCAAGCAAGAACCGUUUAGUAUUGAUACAAAUAAGGCAUUGGAGGUAGGUGCUGUUACAAGUCGACCCAAAUUAACAAAUAUCCUUCUCGUGGUUGAUUACGAUGGCACCAACUAUAGCGGGUGGACUGGAGUUGAAAACAGCAGCGAUAUAUACCUAAGCGCAACGAGGAAUUACAAACAUGCAGCCGCGCAAAAGAAGAAGCUAAAUGGAGCAGAGUCCAAAUAUGACACAGUACAAAAUAGCAUCUUAAAUUGUAUGUUAAAAAUUCAUGGUUAUGGAAAUGAAUUGCGCAGAGGGGACGAUGUAGAGGCCGAUUUGAAGGGCGAUGUGGAGGCCGAUUUGAAGGGCGAUGUGAAGGCCGAUGUGAAGACCGAUGUGCAGUCCCAUGUGGAGCCCCAUGUGAAGGCCUUCGAAUUUAUAGGGGUCAGUAGAACUGACAAGGGAGUCCACGCGAAGGAGUAUGUGUGUCAGUAUGUGUCUUAUGAGAGGCCCCCCCCUUGUGAUGGUAAUUUGAAUAAAAUUAAAAUGGCCUUAAAUGGCUUACUAAAUAAGGACAUUCGAAUUUUAGGUGUUUUAAAUGCACCUUUCCCCGACUUUAAUGUAAGGUUUAAUAAUUGGGGCAAAAUUUACACUUACAAUUUUGACAUUCGAAUUCCGAGUCAGCCUUUGGAGAGGAAUUACGCAUGGCAGUUGUAUGACGACCCGAGGUUUGCAUUUCUGCUUCGGAAUAAUUCGAAAAAAAAAAAAAAAAAAAAAAAAAAAGACCAACUGGGGGAAGCCAUACAGCAUGGCAGCCACGGCCACGAUAACUGCGUAACGACAAAUGAGUUUCCCAGUGGGAUAGGCCCCGCUGACUGUGUGGACGAGAAUGUAGAUGUCCCUUUUUUUGGCGACCACGCUGUGCAGGGAGGUGCAGCGACCACACCGCCAACCCAACCGGACGUCUCCCACUGCAUGCGCAUUAUCAACCGCGAAGGGGGGGGCAACCCAACCAUCCCCUGUGACAUGGAGAAAGUCAAGGCCUGCUGCAAGCUGUUCAUUGGACACCACAACUUUGAUUCCUUUCGCGGGACGUUGAAGGGGACGGAGAAGCAGAAGGUGGUGAACCCAUUUUGCAACAUCUACUUUGUCGGGUUGCACCAAGUAAGGAAUAACAUUUACCAAUUUGUAAUCCAGGGGGAUAGGUUCCUCUACCACAUGAUCAGGAUAAUCGUGGGGACUCUGGUUCAGGUGGGAGUCGGACUGUUGAAGUAUGAAGACGUGCGGGACGCUCUUCAUAGUAGCAAGCCACUCAAGGUGAAACUGUGUGCCCCUGCACAGGGACUCUGCCUGACCAAAAUUUUAUUCCCCCCCGCCAUCCAGCAACAGGUUUCCGCGGCGCUGCUGUCGCGUUAA